AGUCACUCAUUAACUGUCGCUAGGUGGCGACGCUGACGUACUGUGCAAACAGUCCACUGAGUAUUCGAAGAAGAAUCUGGCGCAGCUGCGGCUGAGACGGAUUCUUCUCACACAAAGCUGUCAAGAAAGGAUCUCUUCUGAUCUCGCAGGCUUUCAGAACGUUUCUCUUAAUUUCUCUUGAAUUCGUUUUAUAUACAGAGAAUAGGAAAAUAACACGUGGGAAUCCUAUAUUUUAAGUUUAAAGUAGCCUAAAAGCCUUCUUUAAAGAUGGCGACAGCGGACGGCUCGCGCUACUAUAGUGAGCAUGAUGACCGUGUCGGUGGACCAAAGCAUCGCAACCGUAAAGGCAGAGGCCCUUUCAGAGCCCCCAUGUACAGCGAUCAGAUUUCUCGGCCAAGGCAGCGAGGUGGUCACAAUGGUGGUGGAGGUGGAGGCCCUGGUCCCCGGUCGAGACUUCAUGAUGAUGAUGGAGAUGUGACCAUGGCGGAAGGUCCACAAGACAGUGGCUCCCAGCGCAGAUUCAAUCCAUAUGGUCGGCCACAGAAUCGCCGUGAGGAACGCAAUCGCAAAGGAGGACGAGGUGGAGGUGGAGGUGGAGGCGGAGGAGGAGGUGGAAAUGAAGAUAGAGGUGGCAAUCGAUAUGGAGGCAGAGGCGGUGGAGGUGGCAGUGGUUCUGAUGGAAGUCGUAACAAGAACUGGUUUAAAAUGACUAUUCCUUUCGGGAAGAAAUAUGACAAAGAUUGGCUUCUGUCUUCACUUCAGAGCGUAUGUUCAAUGCCAUUCCAUGCAGUUCAUUAUCACACUGAGGGCAACAAGGCCCAGUUUUAUAUUGAAGACUCCACAACUGCUAAUGCUUUGUUUAAAGCGUCACGGAAAAUAACAGACAAAGACGGAUAUAAGGUGACUGUUAUUAUGAACACCUGCCCACCACCCACUUUGAUUCACACUGAUCUGAAGGCAACGGAUAUGGAGCAUUUGAAGCAAUGCAUGGCCAAACGCUUUGAUGGAUCACAGCAGGCUCUUGAUCUGAACAACAUCAGAGUUGAUCCAGAUUUGGUUUCUCAAAAUAUUGAGGUCACUUUGAAUAGGAGGAACUCCAUGCUGGGGGUUAUCAAAAUAAUUGAGGAGAACAUUCCUGAGCUGGUUUGUCUGAACCUGAGUAACAACCGGAUAUACAGGCUGGAUGACUUGGCAGAUAUUGCCAUCAAAGUUCCCAACCUGAAGAUUCUCAAUCUGUCACACAAUGAGCUGAAGACGGAGAGAGAACUUGAUAAACUGAGUGGUCUGAAGCUGGUGGAUCUCUCAUUGGAGGGAAAUCCUUUGUGUGGCCACUUCAAGAACCAAAUCGACUAUGUCAGUGCCAUUCGGGAACGAUUCCCCAAGCUGCUCAAACUGGAUGGACACGACCUUCCACCUCCCAUUGGUUUUGAUUUGGAGGUUGCCCCUGCGACUCUUCCCCCUUGCAAGCCUAGCUACUUCUGCUCUGAAGAGAUCAAGACCAUCAUCCAUUGCUUCCUGCAACAGUAUUACAGCAUAUAUGACUCAGGAAACAGACAGCCCCUGCUAGACGCCUACCAUGACGGAGCAUCUUUCUCCCUCAGCAUUCCCUUCAUCGUUCAGAACCCUUCAAAAUAUAGUUUAGGGGAUUACCAGAAAGACAGUCGCAAUAUCAAGCGCAUGAAAGACCCCACUACACGUUUUCGUUUGAUUAAACACACACGAUUAAAUGUGGUGGCUUUCCUGAACGAGCUCCCCAAAACCCAGCACGACAUCGCCUCCUUUAUUGUAGAUGUCAACACCUACACAGCUACACUGUUGGCAUUUACAGUCAGUGGAGUUUUCAAAGAAAUGGACGGCAAGUCCCGAGAAACAUACAGAGCCUUCUCUCGAGUAUUCAUCGCUGUUCCUGCUGGAAAUGGUCUAUGCAUUGUGAAUGAUGAGCUGUUCGUUCGAAACGCCACUACAGAGGAAAUUCGCCGUGCUUUCGUUGCCCCCGCCCCCACACCGUCCAGCAGCCCUGUGCCCACUCUGUCCGCCCCUCAACAAGAAAUGCUUGCCGCCUUCUCCCUAAAGUCUGGCAUGAACCUAGAAUGGUCUCAAAAGUGCCUACAAGACAACGAUUGGGAUUUUGACAGAGCUGCUCAGAUCUUCACCGGCCUAAAGGCACAAGGAAAGAUUCCAGAUGUUGCAUUUGUCAAAUGAAGAGUUAUUGUUGUGGAUUUUACAGAAACUCUGAACCACAAGGUGCCUUCCUGAUUCUAUCCUCCCAUCUAAAAUGAAAUCGUGUCAUUAUUAUUAUUAUUAUUAGCUUAUAUAUUUUUUUUUCUAAAGAAAGUUAUCCACAAGAUUUUUUUUUAAUAAAAAUAAAAGGUUCACAGAACAAACUUUUAAGACAAAAAGAGGAAAGAGAACCAUGAAAAAAUGACUCAGGAAGACACUAAGACCAAUUUUUUCCCACUACUUUUGUUUUGGGUGAAUGCCCGCCCUCUCCCCAACCUACCUUUGUGGUUCAAGUUUUCUGUACGUUUUAACUGUUGUUGUCAUAUUCAAUAUGGGACAGAUAUGGCAAAUAAAGUAUGUGUUCAUUGUUUGUUGUGUUUUGUAAAAUAAAUAUUAAUUAUGAUCUUA